GGCCGGCAGCGGGGUGAGCGCGGCGGGGGCCGGAGGUCGGGCACACCGGGGAAAAGCAAGAAGAAUGUCCCAAAAGCAUCUGAAAGAAGCUUUUAUCAGGGACUUAAAUGGAACCAGCUUGCUGGAAAUUUCUAUAGGUUUGUCUCUAGCCCCACUGUGCCUGCUCAGCAGAGGACUCCUCUUGAUUUUGUAUUGCCUGCACUAUGGGAAACCUCUAAGUUCCAGGACAUACAGCCUGCUGCUGGACUUCCUUGUGCUGGUGUCUCCUCUCCUGUUCUCCUGCACAGUCUUGUCUCCAGUCAUCUUUCUCAUACCAGUUAUCAUUGCAGCCUUCUGUGCUGGAAUAUUUUCCAGAAUAUACAGCCGAAGAAAGCAGGAGCCCAGGGUGGCUCUUAGGCAAAUGGUGAAAGACUUCCAGAAGAUGUCCUUGGAUCCAGAAUACAUUCCAGCAAUAACCGUCUUCCGCGUUUAUAUCAACAUCUUGACAUCAAUCAGCAUUUUAGCAGUGGAUUUCCCACAGUAUCCCCGGCGAUAUGCCAAAACUGAGACCUAUGGAACGGGAAUUAUGGAUUUUGGGGUUGGAGCUUUUGUUUUUGGGAAUGCACUUGUUUGUUCUGAAGUUAGACAGAAGUCUCCUGUCACACAACCAAAGUUUUCCAGUGUGGCCAGGCAGUUCUCAUCCAUUUGGCCGCUGAUUUUCCUUGGUGUUGGGAGACUGCUCAGUGUUAAAUCCAUAGACUACCAUGAACAUACUUCAGAGUAUGGAGUGCACUGGAAUUUUUUCUUUACCUUAGCAUUUGUGAGGCUUGCAGCAUCUCUGCUUUUGUCUGUAUUCCCAAAAUAUAAGUCUUGGAUUGUUGCUGUAAAUCUCGCUGUGCUUUAUCAGCUUAUUCUGAACACUACCUCUCUGAAGAUGUUCAUCUUGCACGGCAGCAACGGCAGAGACACGAGGGUCGGCUUUUUAAAUGCCAACAGGGAAGGGCUGCUCUCUCUUUUUGGGUAUUUAGCUAUAUACAUGGCGAGUGUCCAGGUGGGACUAUGGCUGCUGACACGCAGGAGCUCGGUGAGAGGCUGGGCUGAGGCAGUGUGUCUCUUACUGCUCACAGUUCUUGUGCUCUUCCUCUUCCUUCACGUCUCACAAGUGUACGUGGAGCCCGUGUCCCGUCGGAUGGCCAAUCUCUCCUACUGCCUAUGGGUGGUUGCUCACUGCCUGAUGUUCUUUAUCUGCUUAGUGGUGACUGAUCUCGCAUUGGUGUUCACAAAGCUGCUUGUAAGGGGGUCCAGCGUGCCCUGUUGCUGGGAUGUUGUACAGCCCCCCAGUACCAGUAAAAAGCAUGAACUGGAGGCUGUGCCUGUCCGAAGGGAAGGCAAGCACAUGUGCCUGAUCAGUGCUAUCAAUAAAAAUCAGUUACUGUUCUUCUUGCUAGCAAAUGUUAUGACUGGUGCUGUGAAUAUUCUUAUAGAUACAAUCCACAGCAAGACAGUGUUUACAUUAUGUAUACUACACCUGUAUAUGUUUUUUAACUGUUUAGUUAUGUAUAUAAUGCAUGCCAAAAAUAUAGUGUUCAAGUUUUGGUGAUUCCA